CUCGGAACGCUCUGGAACUACAAGGUCACAAGGAAUAUACUGCACAGGAUUACUGCAGACGAUACAUACAAACGGAUUAUCAAGAAAAUAGGCUAAGAAUUUUCAGUUCCGGAAGCAAAACUCAGAGGCAUUGGCUUUGUGAGGAAGAUCCCACUCUAAUUCCAUCCUAAGCAGCACCUGUGUGAUAGACAACGAUGGUUGGCCUGAAGCCCACUGACCUGGCUCCAACAGCCACGGUGAAGUUCUUCGGUGCCGGAACAGCAGCCUGCAUCGCUGACCUAGUUACAUUUCCUCUGGACACGGCUAAGGUCCGACUUCAGAUCCAGGGAGAGGCCAUAGCGGCGGAGGGAGUUGUGGCGGUGAAGUACCGAGGCGUGUUCGGCACCAUCACCACCAUGGUGCGCACCGAGGGGGCCCGGAGCCUGUACAACGGCCUGGUGGCCGGCCUCCAGAGACAGAUGAGCUUCGCCUCGGUCCGCAUUGGCCUCUACGACUCCAUGAAGCAGUUUUACACAAGGGGCUCAGAUAAUGCCAGUAUUGUUGUCCGUUUGAUGGCUGGCUGUACAACAGGUGCCAUGGCCGUUGCGUUUGCCCAGCCCACCGAUGUGGUUAAGGUCCGGUUUCAGGCACAGGCACGCCCGACAGACGGUGGCAAGAGAUACAACGGCACCAUCGAUGCCUACAGAACCAUCGCCCGUGAGGAAGGAGUGAGAGGACUUUGGAAAGGCUGCCUGCCCAACAUCACUCGCAAUGCCAUUGUGAACUGUGCUGAGCUGGUCACAUAUGACAUCAUCAAAGAGCUCAUUCUCAAGUACGACCUCAUGACAGAUAAUCUACCCUGCCACUUCACGGCCGCCUUUGGUGCUGGUUUCUGCACCACAAUCGUAGCGUCACCUGUGGAUGUGGUGAAGACCCGAUUCAUGAACUCUACACCUGGCCAGUACAGCAGCGCCAUUAAUUGUGCCCUUACAAUGGUGACCAAAGAGGGACCCACAGCCUUCUACAAAGGAUUUAUGCCCUCUUUCUUACGACUGGGAUCCUGGAAUAUUGUGAUGUUUGUGUCCUAUGAGCAAAUCAAGCGAGCCAUGAUGAGAACUUCUUGGGAGUCCCCGAUUUGACGCUCUGGGAGUUGGCAAUUUGAUGUUGUGUUUUGAUUGCAAUGCGCGAUGCAAUUGGCCGAAUUCACUAUGAUCGAGCGGGAACGUCAUUGACGACGUCCAUAUGGAGGAAAGGAGGUAGAAAUGAUGAUGGUAGCCUACAUGUCUGCCUGAGAGGACUGCAAAAGGGCAUUUUCCAAACGGCACUAAAGAUAUCAUAUCAUAACCACGGACUCAGCUUUUACGGCAGAGCAUAUGCCCUGAUACCUGACACGGUGAAGCUCUGAACUAUGUGGCCAAAUCUGCAGUGGCUCCUUGUCAACUUAACGUAUGAAAGAUGACAAGUGUCGGGAAAGGUAACACAAUUCCGAUCAGGGAAGUUUGGGAAAAAUGAAGUACAGUACAAGGGGAUUUAACCACAUAGGGUCACCACUAGACCUGAUGCAUAUAUAAUGUGAAGAAUGUGUUUACACAAACACGCUGCUGUGUGACAACAUAUAUCUGUAUACAUGUAGCAUUGAAAUCAACUGUAUGUUGCUUAAGUUGGGUCCAUUAUUUAGAGUUUACAGCUUGUAAUAUUUGUAUAAAAAUGUACAGCAUAUUUGCACAACUCUGUAGCAAGCAAGUUCCUGCUAAGCUUUCGUUUACUAUUGUUUUUGUUUUUUUU